CGGAGGCGAGCGUCGGGCGGGAGCGCGCGGGAGCGGGGCGGGUGUGGAGCGUGCGGGGGCCGCGCGCCACCUCUUCUCUCAGCGGCCGGACGGCUCUGCCGAGAAACGGCGGUGACAACGACGGCGGCGGUGGGGCCCAGUUUGCUUCCUAGGAGGCCAGUGGAGGCCGAAACAGCUGUUGGACUGGGAGGAAGAGGCCUAGUCCCCAUGGUGGACCCAGCUGCCUAGAGGGCAUUUUAUGUUGAAUGCAAGAAUAUUUCUCACCCAGGUCCUUAGCAGGUGAGGCCCUGUAACCCAGCUGAACUCCACAUCUGCAGAGCCCCAGCUUGAAGACAAAAGAUCAGAGAACUUGAGAAACCUGGGAACAGGGGCAUCUUUGGAGCUUUGCCUUUAUUCACAGAAGUCUGAAAGUACCAUCAAGUAGAAGUUGUGUCUUCGUCCUCUUCUGCUUACUGGGAAGAACAUGGCUUCAAGGAUUUUAAGUUUCCAUUUAGUUUUGCAUGAACUCUGUGGGAAACAGAGCCCUUAACAGGGUCAGGAGUAACAAGCAGAGACUGAAGACGGUCAGGUUUGCUCCGUUUUCCCUCCCCCUCCAAAGGAAAGGAUUUACAACUCAGCCCUGUAACAGCUGUUGUCCAGUGUUGGCCGUCAAGAGAGAAGUAAAUAAAGUUAAGCUGCCGGUGCCAGACUGCAGGGCCUGGUGAAGCCGUGUGGGCGUGGUGGCCUCGGGAGGCUGCGCAGGACAGGACUGCAGGCAGGGCAGCGGGGCGCACCUUCAGGGCACAGCCUCGGGGGCACUGCCGGUGCUCCCCUCGGAGCUUCUUGGUGACUCUGACCCCCAACCCCGUCCUCCUUUCCUGGGAAGCCCCACCUCCACGAGCUGCCCUGCGGCCUGCCUGACUGCGCUCGCUCGCCACCUGCUCCACCUGCACCUCCCUGCUCCGUGUUCAGACUGCUGCAGCCCCAUCUCCUGAUCUGCCGCCGGCCUUGCUCCAGGGAGGCCGCUUCUCAGGCUGGGAAGUCGCCUUUCCCCCUCCCGUGCACCUUCCCUCUUCCAGGACCUGUUGAGCUGCCGUGUUCUUCGGGAGGGGGAGGGUGGCGGCUCUGCGUCUCCGGCCUCCCCUGGUUGGCGACCUCCCUGCUGUCCCCCUCGCCCCGUUUCUUGUCUGUCCUGCCGCCGGUGUGCCUGGGCUAUGCGGCAGGGCAGCUCUCCCUUCACAGCUCCAACAUGCCCUCAGAGUCCGGAAAGAGAUUCAAACCCAGCAAGUAUGUCCCGGUGUCCGCGGCUGCCGUCUUCCUAGUGGGCGCCACCACACUCUUCUUUGCCUUUACGUGUCCAGGACUGAGCCUGUAUGUGUCUCCUGCAGUGCCCAUCUACAAUGCCAUUAUGUUUCUCUUUGUGCUGGCCAACUUCAGCAUGGCCACCUUCAUGGACCCAGGGAUUUUCCCUCGAGCGGAGGAGGAUGAGGACAAAGAAGAUGACUUCCGCGCUCCCCUCUACAAGACCGUGGAGAUCAGGGGCAUCCAGGUGCGCAUGAAGUGGUGUGCCACCUGCCGCUUCUACCGCCCGCCGCGCUGCUCCCACUGCAGCGUCUGCGACAACUGCGUGGAGGAGUUUGACCACCACUGCCCCUGGGUGAACAACUGCAUCGGGCGCCGGAACUACCGCUACUUCUUCCUCUUCCUCCUCUCCCUCACAGCCCACAUCAUGGGCGUGUUCGGCUUCGGCCUCCUCUACGUCCUCUGCCACUUGGAGGAGCUCUCAGGGGUCCGCACGGCUGUCACGAUGGCAGUGAUGUGUGUGGCGGGCUUGUUCUUCAUCCCUGUCGCAGGGCUCACUGGAUUUCACGUGGUGCUGGUGGCCAGGGGACGCACAACCAACGAGCAGGUUACGGGUAAAUUCCGGGGAGGUGUGAACCCCUUCACCAACGGCUGCUGUAGCAACGUCAGCCGUGUGCUCUGUAGCUCUCCGGCACCGAGGUACUUGGGGAGACCGAAGAAAGAGAAGACGGUUGUCAUCAGACCCCCUUUCCUUCGGCCGGAAGUGUCGGACGGGCAGAUAACUGUGAAGGUCAUGGACAACGGCAUCCAGGGCGAGCUGAGGAGGACCAAGUCCAAGGGCAGCCUGGAGAUCACCGAGAGCCAGUCAGCAGACGCAGAGCCGCCGCCGCCGCCCAAGCCAGACCUGAGCCGCUACACUGGGCUGCGGACCCACCUCAGCCUGGCUCCCAAUGAGGGUGAACCUGUUGCUGUGGUGCCCCUGCCCUGUGCCUUAGGGCCCGAGGUCACAGGAGCAGCUUGUGAAGCUGCGUCCGCUGGCUUCUUUCCUGUAGACAGCAGCCUGCUGGGCAGGGACAGCCCGCCGACGCCCACCAUGUACAAGUACCGGCCCGGCUACAGCAGCAGCAGCGCGUCGGCCGCCAUGCCGCACUCCUCCAGCGCCAAGCUGAGCCGCGGGGACAGCCUGAAGGAGGCGACCUCGGUUGCAGAGAGCAGCCGCCAGCCCAGCUGCCGCUCAGAGCCCAGCCUGGAGCCAGAGAGCUUCCGCUCGCCCACCUUCGGCAGGAGCUUCCACUUUGAGCCCCUGUCGAGCGGCUCGCGCUCGUCCAGCCUCAAGUCGGCCCAGGGCGUGGGCUUUGAGCUGGGCCAGCUGCAGUCCAUCCGCUCGGAGGGCACCACCUCCACGUCCUACAAGAGCCUGGCCAACCAGACGCGCAAUGGCAGCCUUUCCUACGACAGCCUGCUCACGCCAUCGGACAGCCCCGACUUCGAGUCCCUGCAGGCCGUGCCCGCGCCUGAGCCGCUGGGCUACACCUCACCCUUCCUGUCCGCGCGGCUGGCCCCGCAGCGCGAGCCAUCCCCGGUGCGCUACGACAAUCUGUCGCGCCACAUCGUGGCGUCGCUGCAGGAGCGGGAGAAGCUGCUGCGCCAGUCGCCCCCGCUCCUGGGCCGCGAGGAGGAGGCCGUGGGGGACUCGGGCGCCCCGUCCAUGCCGGCCUCCGCCCACACCCCCGAGGACUGCAAGCGCUCGCCGCUGGCCAAGACUGCGCCGGGCCGCCCAGCCGGGCCCCGCUUCGGCAAGCCCGAGGGGCUCAGGGCCCGGGGCCUCGGGUCCCCCGAGCCGGGCGCGGCCGCCCCCUUCCUGGGCAGAGCCGUGUCCUACAGCAGCCAAAAAGCCCCGGCCAGUGUCUCCGAGGCAGAGGAGGUAGCCCUGCAGCCCCUGCUGACCCCCAAAGACGAGGUGCAGCCCAAGGGCACCUACAGCAGAUCCAACGGGCAGCCCAAGGGCCUGGGCCCGCCCUCCCCCGGCCAGCCACCACUCAGCAGUCCCACGCGCGGAGGCGUGAAGAAGGUGUCAGGGGUGGGUGGCACCACCUACGAGAUCUCCGUGUGAGCUGAGCGCCGCCUCUGCCUCCUGACCACAGGGCCCGGGGCGCAGCCUGGCCCCGUCUUCGAGCCCUCCCGCCGCCUCCUGGCCCGGACUCAGUGGACAUUGUGCAAUGCUUGCUCUGGAGGGAACCAGAUCAUUUUUAAACCAGAAAUAAUUUUUUUUAUUAUUGUUACGGAUUCUAUUUUUUCCUCUUCUGCGUUACCAGGUGUGUGUGUACAUAUAUAUAUAUUAUAUAUAUUAUAAAUAUCAAAGAUUAUAUAUCUAUCCCAGGAUGGGAAGAUGAGGGAGGGAGGUACACAGGAGGGAGAUUAGCCUCUCCUCAGACCAGCAGAAGACUCGGGGUCUGCCUUUCCCCAGGCUCCCCCAUCCCAGCCUCUGACCUGGGGUCCGGCGCUGCUGAUGCCCUGAUGAGGGGCAGAGCCGGGGAGCCAAGUCUGGGGCCCUGGCUGGGAGAGGGCCGAGGGCCUUUGGCCGGGUGGCGGUGGGGUGGAGGACCUGGCCUCUCUGUUCGCUUUCGGGAGCCGCAGUUCUGGGGCUUUCGCAAGGCCUACAUGGUUAAUGUAAUCUUAAAAUCAAAGGACAGGAGAAAAGAAUCCAAAAAGCAAUAUUUUUAAUCACAUGCCAAAAACGGGAUAGAGAGGAGGAGUGGCAGGCCUGGGCCCCUCCCGCUGUCCCUGGGGGUCCCCCCGGCCCACUCGGAAUGGUGCUGGGUAGAGGCACACUGGGCUCCGACCCCCACACAGGGCAGGCCCCAGCCUCUAUGCACAGGCCCGUUUAUUUUUUAUUCUGAUUAGCCAUUUUAAACCAACGAGGAAUAAAAAGAAACCCUGCUCUGACCAGC